GUCCUACAAAGAGGGCAGAAAGGAGGAAGGCUAGAGUGUCAUGUGCCGGCAGUCUCUCGAUUCAUAACUACAGGAGAAUCAAGAGUGUCCCGUCAGCUUCAAAUUGCAAGCCACCACCUCAUAAAGGUUAUCCAUCACUGCACUGUGCAAUCUAGUUUCUUUUCACUUGAGCUCUCAACUCUCUCUCUCUCUCUCAUCAUGUCUGCAGUAGAUGCUGCAUUAGGUUCUUUACCAUACCAGCAAGCCAAACCGGUAGAAGACAAGUCUUCGAUUGCUCGUGGUAGCUCCCCCACAUACGGUCCCACGCAGACGCUCGGUGCACUUCCAUAUAUGGAAACACCAUCCGGUCAGAUGUCAACCACUCCUCCUCCUCCUCUCCCUCCUCCUCCUCCUCCUUCCCUUCCGAAUCAAGGGAACUUCUUCCUUCCGCCGCAUCCUCCAGCAGGAGCUGCUGCCAUUCCUCACUCGGUGUCUAAUGGGGUCCUCCCUCCUCCUCUCAUUCAAACUCAGGACUUUCAAUACUCGACUAAUAUCCGGGGCUCUCGUGUUAAACUCAAAGACAUCAAGGGAGUCAAGAAAGGAGAGAUCAUUAUUACCCCCGAAGGAAUCAAGAAGAAGUUUAACGGGAAGCAAUGGCGUAGGCUCUGUGGAGUGGACGACUGCUGGAAAGAGUCGCAGAAAUGUGGUCUCUGUUCAAAGCAUUUGAACUCUCCAACUCCGCCCCCGGUUACCAUGACUACUCGUCGGGUCCAGUCCUCAAUGAAGAGAAGUCUUUCAACUGCAAUGGAGCAACAAGGAGAGAGGAACGGUGAAGGAAGCGAUGCUAAGAAGAGGCGAGCUCAUUCUCAAGGUGACGUGCUAAACGGUAACAUGUCAAACGGGAAUGGAGGAAGCAGUGGGUCUAGUUCUUCUGAUGCUAACAAUGAAAGUGGAGCCGGCGAGAAUGGAAAACCAAACGUCCUUGAUGAGUUCAGUGAUGCAGAGCAGCAGGCCAUAUAUGGCUUAUUCAGACUAAGUGGGUCUAAAAACAGCAACAGUUUCUCUCCAAUCCAAUCUCCUAACCUCAUCUCACCCAAUAAUGAUGUCUUCUAUGCUAGUCGGGGUAGCCCUUCGGAUAUAUCAGAGAUUCUAAUGACGCAACACUAUCCCCGCCCCAUUCAAAAGACCGGCAUCAGUAAUCACUAUCCACCUGGUAUGAUACAGACUCCUCGUUUCCCUUAUCCCGGGCACAUUGGACCUGCUUAUCCACAGGCACAGCAUCCUUCACACUUUCUACAUCAUCAAAACUCGUCCUCUCUCUUCCAACUCCCGGCCUCCUCCUGGUCUAAUGGCAUCGACCCAAUGAGUCUCACUCCUUCCUUAUCUUCAAAUAAAAUGGAGAGCAACGGACAAGCGAUACCACCUCCUCUGACUACUAAUAAUGGGAGCACAGCUGGUGAAAAUGAUGUAGAAUGCUAUGAGAAUGAAAUGGCCAGCUUUGAUUUCUCAACUGAUGAGGGCAUCAAGAAAACAGCAAAACUAAGUGAGAGCUCUCUCCAGCGUGUUACCCCAGACAGUGGCAUAGUCCUCAAUUACCAAUCUUCAGUAUCAAGCGUUGGCUCUCUUAGUCCUCCCAUAGAGAAAGCGGCCGGAGAAGAAAUGAGCAAAACUUUCCAGAGCUACGAGGGCGGGCAAGUCUCAGUUCCUGACAUGCAGGACCUUCACAAGAAGUCAUCUCCCCUUCCUCCUCCAAUCAGCGAUCAUCUCGGCCCUAACAGGAUCCCUGCAUACUCUAAUUCAGCUGGUAACAGUCCCUCUAGUUCGCCAAACACGCCCACAAUGUCCGGUAAAGGUAUGAUACCCCUUAGCCACGCCCCCGGGAACAUGAACGGCUCUCUGAUGUAUGGUACGUCUCAAAUGGGUAGCCCAGUGGGCAGUGCUGGCAGCAUGAUUCAUUCAUCUCCUCUCACUAAUAGCAUCAACACAGCAUUUCCUUUUAACAGUUCUUAUACUAAUGGGAUGCAUCAUCAUCAUCCUCACCAUCACUCCUCUUCUUCCACUGCCUCAUUUCAUCAGCAUCAACCCUACGUCAUGUCCCAUCACCAGUCAAUGUUUUCGCCAGGUCAUGCAUAUGCUCGCUCACCCUAUGCCGCAACCGGCCCAUUCCAGCAGUACAUACAGCAUCAGGGGCCAGCCAUGCAGCAGCAGCAGCAGUAUAGGGCAUAUCCACAGAGCCCAAUAGCAAGAAACAACUAUCAGCAGCAUCAGCAUUAUAACAGCAAUGGGUCUCUCUCUUCUUCAUCUCCAGUGAGUGCCUUUAGUGCCAAACCAGCCCCCACUCCUGUCUCAAUGCCUCCACCUGCUCUCAUUUCAAACUCUUCUUCCUCAUCACCAGUCCUUGGUGGGCCUGCACUCCAGCAGGUUGACCCAACCAGUCCCAAUCUUGGCAUAUCUGCUACCACACCAACCAAGCACAUAGAGAGUCAGGGAGACUUUGAGGCUGAGGAGGAAGUUCCCAGUUCCUUGCCACCACCAGUGGCUCCCAUUAAAGAAGAGGAGUACAGAGUGUCCCCACCUCCUACACUCCCUGAUGAUAUACAGCCAGUCAUAAAGGAAGAGAGACAGGAGGAGCACCAGUUCUUUACAAAGAGCUGUCGUAAGAGGUUUCCAGCAGAAAAAUCAAGCUGGUGUGUUAAUUGUCAGACCAAGAAAGGCGGUUGCCGUUUCAUAAAGAGAAAAUAAAGAAAGAAAUGGACAACUAGGAUUUGCUCUCAAGCUUUCACUGACUCUCAGUAAAACAAUAGCAUUAUUAUUAUUAUAAUUAUUAAUAUAUUAGGAAAUCUCCCAAUUGCAUAAUAGUCACAUGCAUAUCUACAUAUAUUUUUUCACUUUUUUAAGUUGCUGUUUUAUAAUUGUUACAAUUAUUAUACUGGCAAUAGAACUUAUUCAAAUUUUGUUCUCUCAUUAUUGUUUCUGUUUUGUAAUUGUGUGUGUGUGUGUGUGUGCAAACGUGUGGUCCUUUUUACUUUGAAUUUUAUCAACUGUCCUAUUAUAAAUUUAUCACACAUUUUCUCUCCAUCAAUUUAUUAUUAUACACUUUGACCCAAACCUUGCUAUUAGUCUAUAUUAUUAUUAUUAUUAUUAUUAUUAUUAUUAUUAUCUUUAUUAUCAUUAUUAUUACCAUUAUUGUUAUUACUGUUGUUGUUCUUAUUAUAUUAUAACAUUUCCACACUAUUAUGAAUAUAUUAUAUAUUAAUAUUAUUAUUAUUAUUAUUAUUGCUAUUUCUUUCAACUCAGUUUUGUGUGUGUAUUUGCUUUCAGUGAGUUGCUAUUGUCUUGUUCAAUGUUUUAGUGAUUGUAUCUUAAUUAUUAUUAAAAAAAUUUCAAUUUUAAA